UUCUGUUUUGUGCAUAACAAUCUACACUUAUUGUGCUGUUGUUUGUUCUUACUUGGAUUUAUGUAUAUGUAAUCUAAAAGAGUCAUUUAACCAGGGAAUGAACGUUCCCCGAUAGAACUUAAUGAGAAUACAUAACACUCAGCUAUUUAUUCUCUAACGUGACAAGCGAUUUUAACUAAUAUGGAUCAAACUUUAUGAUGAGCAAUCUAAAUGUGACAUCAGUUUACAGAGUUUUUAAUCACACGUUUACCGGAGAAAAUUAUGCUGCAAAUUUUUUCGCAUUUAAGUCAUCCAGAAUUGUGUAAUAUUGCACGUGUUUGCAAAAUGUGGCGUCGUCUAGCAUAUGAUCAUUCAUUGUGGCAAUCACUUAAUUUACGACCGGAAUAUGGUGGGAUAUUUGUGAGAUCAAUUGAUGAGCUGCUAAAUCUUAUUCAUCAUAGAUCUGGAAGUGGUUUAAGACACAUCGAAUUAUCCAGUGAUUUAGUCACUAUACCAGUUUUAGAAGAACUUGGAAAUCGAUGUCCAAAUCUUCGUUAUUUAACUCUUGACUUUUCUAAUGCUAUGCAACUACACGAUUUCAAUGAAUUAGCUUCAUUCCCAUCAUCAAUUAAAUAUUUAUGCAUUUGUUUAAGUGAUGUAAUAUUUAUGGAAGGUUUAAUGCGAAAAAUUUAUUCGUGUUUAUCAGCAGUUGAAAUUUUGCAUUUAAUUGGAACAUUUGAAUUAGCUACAGAGGAAGAAGAAGAAAUUUAUGAAGUCAUCAAUAUAAGUAAAAUUAAAGCUCAUACACCUAAUUUACGUGUUGUCAAUUUAUUCGGUAUCAAUUUCAUUGAAGAUAGUCAUGUGGAAUUAUUGGCCAGCAAUUGUAUACAUUUGGAAUGUGUUGCGCUGAAUUUUUGUUUAAAUGUUAAAGGUUCAUCAUUUACAUUGUUGAUUGCAAAUUGCAAAAAGUUGACAACUUUACUUUUAGAACAUUGUGGCCUUAAAGAUGAAUUUAUGAUGGCCGUACCUUGGGAAAACUCUGGAAUCUGUGAACUUGAUAUAACAUCUACAGAAUUAUCUGCUGAAUGCCUUGAAAAUUUCUUAACACGUAUACCAUAUUUUACUUACCUAGCAGCCGGUCAUACAGAUUUUUUUACUGACCAUAUACUGAAUACGCUUUGUGACAGUGGUAAAUUUAAACAAAUCAAAGCUAUUGAUUUGAGUCACACACCAGCACUUGGUGAACAGUCUAUAACAAAUCUUCUUAAGCUUCAUGGCCAUCAGUUACAUGGUCUUAUGCUGCAUGGCAAAGCCGCUUUAGCAGAAUAUUUUUGGACUACUGUCAUCCCUUAUCUUGGUGCAGUAAGGGUUUGUGUUCUUGGAGCGUCACAUGGUUGGUUUUUCAAAUACAACACACGCGUUCAUAUUGACAAAAUUUUGGAAAGUUUUGCUGGAUUUUGCCCACAUUUAGAAGCAUUAGAAAUACAAUGGGAUCCAGAUACUAUUCGUUUUAGUGACAAAAGUAGAAAGUUCAUUGAUAGAAUUCGAAUCAAAUGCCCUCGAUUAAAGUCUUUAACUCUUAGUGAUGGGAAAUAUUAUGAAAUGGUUAAAGGGAAUUUCGAAAGAGCAGAAUGUCCACGAGUAGUACGCACUACAACAACGUACAUUACAAGUAUCAUUAGCUUACUGAGACGUUAUAAAGAUUUGAGAUUUAAUUAGUGCCAUAAAUUUCGCACAGAAUCUUAUACAAUGCAGAGAAAUAAUAAAGUAAAUAUUUAUUCAAUGAAACAACUCAUUAAAAGUAAUUACUUAGAAUUUUCAAUUGGUGACGCAGAAAACUACAAAUCUUAUAGUGCAACCAAUAUGAAAUAACAUCUAAAUUUGUAUAUUGUUAGUUUGUCAAUAUUUUGAAAUCUGUUAUCGUGGAACAGACCAAUCUGUGCAAUCUCACAUUUUAUAAUAUGACUUUAUAUGCAGUUUGUUUUUAUUUUCAUUUAAGUGUAAUGUUUUUCUUCGGAAGUAAAUAUAACUUUGUAUUUUGUAGAAAUAUAUUUUAAAUAGGUUUAACACUGAAUAAAAAUAUUUAACAAUAAA